UUUUUCAAAAAUUUUUCCGAAUUCAAAAGUUUUUCGGGAGUAUAGAAGUAGAUUUAAUAAAUCAUGGAUCUGUUAAAAUCCUCUUUAACUUCAGUUGUCAUUCGAAAUCAAAACGUCGAGUACUGCAGUGCCAUCUACUAACAUUGAUUUGAAUUCCGUACCAGAAUUUCAAUAACAGAUAGCCUCAUUUUACUAAAUACAAACACGAUACAAUAAUGCGUAUACAUUGCAAAAAACUACUACUGAAGAAAAAACAUCGAAGAAGCUUACAGAUAUAGUUUGAUUUACACAACAAAUUUGAAAAUCAAUAAAAAAAUGCUUCACGAGCUCUUAGUUUCAUUGUGGGGUUGUUCAACGAGUGUUGCCGAAAUUAUCGAAACUGAUCCAUUGCGAGUAGACAGUUAUCUUCACCCUGGUGAAAGAAUAAUAAUUUUAAGAAUAUUAGAAAUAGUGAAAGAAUGCAAUGAAAUUAGAAAAUUUAUCAGAAGAAAUGCUUGUGUGGAUGAAUCCAAAUCAACAAACAAAGGACUUUAUCUUGCUGCACUUUGUGAUGGUAUGGAUAAGGCAUUAGAACCAUUCAGAAAAGAUAUUGUUGACAUGGAACGAAUUGUUUUGAAUGAUGGUUACACUCCAAUAUCUAUGAUACUCACUAGAAUACAAAAAUACCAAUUUUUAUUCUCAUUUUUAAAGACUAUAAUCAAAGAGAUUGAGACUCAAGGCCUUUAUGGUUGUGGUAUAUUACGGAUAUUACAUCAACAUGCCCAUACUGGAGUUCCUCUAGUAAAACAAGCUCUCGAGAUACUAACUCACUGUGUACACGUUGUAUUUUAUAAGCACUUAACAAGUUGGUUACUUUAUGGACACCUAGAAGAUACUCAUAAUGAAUUUUUUAUUCAAAAAAGAGAACAAAACAGUGAGUUGAUUAUGAGUGAAGAAAAAGAAAUGGAAAAAGUGAAAGAUAAAGAUGCUGAAAUUGAUGAUGGAAAAGAGUUUUCAAAUGAAAUGUGGAAUUUUACUGUAAAUUCAAACAUAUUACCUUACUACAUUAGUCAAACACUUGGAAACAAAAUAUUGUCCAUUGGUCAGACAAUUAUUAUGUUUGGGAAUGAUCCUAGACAAAGAAAAGAUUUAAAAUUAAUGACUAAGAAUGCAGAAAAUUUAAUUUGGGGAGAAAAAGAAUAUGAAUAUUUUGAACAGUUAACAAUUUUACAAUCAAAUCCAAAAUUUGCACUUAUAGAAUUAGAAAGAUUAAUUGAUCAACUCAAAAAAUGUGUUACACAACAUUUAUGGCAUGUAGCUGUUGAAGAGGCACAACUUUUAAACCGUCUUAAACUUAUCAAAGAUUUUUAUCUCAUGGGAAGAGGUGAUUUGUUCCUCGAAUUCAUCAGGCUUGCCACGCAUGUCCUAGAUAAAACUCCAACAAAUCACACAUCACGGGAUAUUAAUUUAGCUUUUCAAAUGGCUCUUAGAAAAACACAAUCUACUGAUGAAGCUUCAUUGGACAGUUUCACUUUUGCCGUUCCUGUUCAUCCCAUCCAUAAAGAUGAAAAUAUUACUGAAAUAAAAGAAUCGAGUGCAACAACUAAUUCAGAAUUUUCUGAAAAAGAAAGGGAGGAUCCAAUAGAUAAAAAAGGUUGGGGUUUGGUUAUUUUAAAAUUUAAAGUUACCUGGCCACUUCAUUUACUUUUCAAUCCAUCAACAUUAGCAAAUUAUAAUACAUUGUUCAGAUUCUUACUGCGUGUUAAGAAAACACAAAUUAAUUUGUGGAAUCUAUGGAGGGAUCAUAUGAACUCUAAAAAAAUAGAUAUUGAUGUACUCCAACUUCGCAAUAAUCUCAUUUUUAUUGUUGACAACUUGCAAUACUACUUACAGGUUGAUGUUAUUGAAAGUCAAUAUGCAAUUAUGGAAAAUAGUUUGAAAAACACUAAAAAUUUCGAAGAAGUACAAAAAGCACAUGCAUUAUUUUUACAUAAUGUAAUGUCACGAACUUUUUUAAUUAGUGAACGUGUUGAUAAGCCCAACCCGGUCAACAAAUUAAUCAAACUUCUUUUACGAGUUUGCGAUGAUUUCAUUCGCAAUGCUUCUGUCUGGGAGAUUGAACACCUAUUGGAGACUGAGAAAGCUGAAAGAAAAGCUCUCAAUGAUGUAUUAGAUGGCUUGAUGAGUUGGUUGACCAAAACACUAGAUAGAGUACGAUCGCAGCCUAGUGGAGAACAUUUAGCUCAAUUACUAUUGAGGCUUGAUUUUAACAGGUGGUUCAGUAGUAAAACACUGUAGGAAACUUAAUUAUUUUCUAAUAUAUGCAUUGUUAAUUUCACGUAUAAAAGUAAAUUGAUUAACAACAAUUAGAUGUAAACUUUUACACCAUAGAUAGAA